AUGUAUAAAAUAAUAGUUAUAUUGAUCAUUCUUGGUUGUUGUCUGAUUGAUCAAUCACAACAAUAUGGUGAAUCAUAUGAUGGAAUCCGUCCAAGAUGGCAAGAACGUGAGGCACAUGCUUGGAUCAAUGCCAUCAGAAUGGCACCUCAACAGUUCACAAACAACUAUUAUCCAAGCUUGGUGAAUGAUCAAGCUAUGACUGAGGCAGUCUUCCCACCUGUCAAGCCAGUCUACUUUAGUUCGGUGGUGUAUGAAGCAUCAAAGGCACACUCUCAGGACAUGGCAACCAAGCAUUGUCUUGGCUUUAAUAGCUGUGAUGGCACCACGUUCGACGAUCGUAUUGACGCAAUGAUCACUCUGGAGUGUCAGGGUGAGCAAGUUGUCGAAGCCUACGCAUCGAUGAGUGAUCCAAAAGCAAUGCCCUUGUCAAAGUACUGGGUAUGUGAUGGCCUGACAUCGUCGCCGUGCAUCAGUGACGAGCAGGAGUACGUCAGCAGUAGCACUCAGUUCCGCGCCAAUAUCAUGAAUCCAAACAUGUCAGCAGGCGCCUUUGCCCACGACAUGGACACUGACUCUGACAACUCCAUCUGGACGAUGGACAUGACCGCUGGCAAUUGUCCAAGCAAUGAUUCACCCAUCUUUGGAGGCUCACACACAGUGGACUCUGUUGGAAUGGCGCGCAAUGUCACAUAUUUGGCCAACUGGUAUGGAUCCGCACCAAGCUCUGCCAAGCUGUACAUUCGCCCUAUCAACAUCACUCAACAGCCCGUGGCCUAUGACCUUUACAUGGGCUUGGGCAAUGCCACUGCUGGCACCUACAUGUAUAACUCAAUGCAGAUACCCGAGUGCGCACUCUACCUGUAUGAGUUCACAGUUGGCAACACCAAGUAUCGUUAUCCAACCACUGGCGCGUUGGCCACCAGCUUCUACUAUAGUUACUCCAACUCCAAUCCAUCGAUCUGUCCUGCAUGGGUCAGCACUGAUAUCUUCAACACAACACAGCCAUCAACAACAUCAUCAACAUCUACAACAUCAACAACCACCUCAACAACAUCUUCCAAUCCUACCACAACCACUUCAACUACUUCCACAACAAGUUCCAACCCAUCGUCGACAACAUCAACUACUUCCACUACUAGUGCCAACCCAUCAUUGACAACAUCCACUACAUCGUCGACAACUACAACUACAGCCAAUCCAUCACUUGGAUCAAUCACCGCGCCUGCAUCCAUUCCAGUGCUACUAUUCGUACUGCUCGUCUCAUUAAUG